UUGAGCGGCAAACGUGCACACCGAGUUAGCAUUUUGUUUUUUUUUUAAUUUUAAGCAAAGCAGCUCACAACAAUGCAGGCGAUGUGGCGGGGAAUGCCGGCGCAGCUCCUCCUCCUCCUGGUGGCCGGACUGGUGCUCCUUGGAGUCCAGGACUCGCAGGCGUAUGAUAAGGAGAUGACCGUCUAUGUGGACGCCGGCAAAACGGAGUGCCUGUAUCACACUGUGAAACUGGGAGAGUCCAUUGACUUCGAGUACCAGGUGAUAGAUGGCGGACACGGCGACCUGGACAUCAGCUUCACCCUGCUGGAUCCCAUCGGUCUGGUCAUAGUUAGCGACUUCAAGAAGCCGGAGAACAUCCAUCGCCAUGAGGUGGCCAAGGAGGGCGACUAUCGCUUCUGUUUCGACAACAGUUUCAGCAUGUUCAACCGGAAGACGGUCUUCUUCGAGCUCAUCGUGGAGCGGGAGGGCGAGGAGCUCCGCGGUGACACCCAGUGGAACGAGGUGGACGAGCUGGCGGGGCUCUCCCGCGACGAGUACUACGACAUGAAGGUGCAGGACAUCAUGGACUUUAUCGGACGCAUCCGUCUCCAGCUGAACAAGGCCCGCCAGCUGCAGGAUGUCUUGCGAUCACACGAGGCACGCGAUCGCAAUCUCGCCGAGUCGAACUUCCAGAAGGUUAACCACUGGUCCAUGCUCCAGAUCAGCGCCAUGAUCGGUGUCGGUAUCAUCCAGGUCUUCAUGCUGCGCAGCAUCUUCGCCACCGGCGGACGGAUGCACAAUCUGUGGCGCAAAUUGGGCAUUUGAUGGGUCAACCGGUGGCCGGGAAAAGCCGAAGCCGAAGCCUCUACCAAAGAUGUGCGUGCCGGAGCCAACAGGAUGCAUUUACUGAUCAUAGAGUUGAUGUCCCUCAUAUAAUUGCCAUCCGGCAGAUGGAUCCCCUAGUUAGAAUUUAAAAAAACAACAACUUGCCAUCAUCUGUAGUUCGUUAGUUUCUGUAUUUAUAUAUAUAUAUCAUGUAUUAUGUAGCCGUAUAUUUAUAUAUAUGCGGGUGUGUGCUUGUGAUAUGCGUGGUGUGUUGUGUGUGCGCGCGUGUGUAGGCAUUGUUAAACGAAAGCAAUUUUACGAUUAAGCCAAAAGAUGAGUUUGAUAAUAAAUUAAAAGUUGCAGGAACCAGUGUAAAA